AUGUGGGACGCCGACGGUAACGAGUACAUCGACUACAUCCAAGGCAUGGGUCCCAACCUCUUCGGCCACGCCCCCGAGUUCGUCUCACAGCAAGUCGCAGAAGACAUGCGAAACGGUUACAUCUUCGCCGCCCAAUUCGAGCGCGAACUUGAAGUCGCAGAGAUGGCCGCUGCCGCCAUUCCCAUCGAAGACUGCACCGUCCGCUUCGCCGGCUCCGGUACCGAGAUCGUCCAACUCGUCCUCCGUCUCGCACGGGGCUGGACCGGCAAAUCGAAGUUCAUCAGAUUCGAAGGCCACUACCACGGCUGGAUGGACAGCGUGAACCACUCGGUUCAUCCUCCCAUUGAUGAGGCUGGGGACGUCGACGCGCCAACGCCAGUCGGCGAAUCAGCAGGCAUGGACCCCGGUGCUGCCGCCCAAGCAAUACCGUGCCAGUGGAACGACAUCGAUCGCUUGGAAGACGCGUUUGAACGGCAUCGAGGCGAAGUAGCCGCGGUCAUCAUGGAACCGAUCAACGCCAACACCAACUGCAUCAUGCCCGAGCCGGGUUACCUCGAAGCAGCCAAAGAACUUGCACAUGAACACGGUGCCUUGAUCAUCUUCGACGAAGUGAUUACCGGCUUCCGCGUCGCCUAUGGCGGCGCCCAAGAGUUCCUCGGAAUCACGCCCGAUCUCGCCACCUACGCGAAAUCGAUCGCCGCCGGUUUCCCAAUCGCCAUGCUCGCCGGACGCCGAGACAUCAUGGAUAUGCUCGGUAGCGGAGAGGUUUACCAUGGCGGAAGCUUCAACUCCAACGUCAUGUCGAUCGCCGCCGCCCACGCAACCCUCACGCAUAUCAAAUUGCAAGGCGAUACGUUCUACGCUGACCUGAAUCGUCGAGGCGAGCGAUUGAUCGAUGGCCUUCACCAAGUCGGAAUGGAGACCGAAACCGAAAUCCAUGUCCAAGUUCUAGGCAGCGUUUUCGGGAUCUCGUUCAAUCGCAGCGGAGACGUUAUCCGCAACUAUCGCGACCAUGCCACAAAGUGCGAUGAUGUUCGCUACGCGCAGUUCGCGUCCGAGAUGAUGAGGGAAGGAGUCCGUCUUUCCUCAAAUGGUCGCGUGCAUAUGUCAUCUGCCCACACCGAAGAACAGAUCGAGACGACCAUCGAGGCGGCGCGGCGAGCACUAUCGCGGAUGUGA